AUGGAGGAGCCGCAUCUGCAUAUUGGGGAUCCCAUGUGGAGCGUCGAGAGGGACCUACAGGUCGACGAUAGUGCAGACUCGAUUGGCGAGAAAGCGCGACCCUUUGAUCCCAAUCUCGAGAAAAGAGUGCGCCGGAAAAUCGAUCUCUGCCUCGUGCCGGCGAUGGUGAUUGGCUACGGGUUGGUUUACUACGACAAGGGAUUCCUAACAGCAAUUUUGAAGGCGCUUCUUGGGAACGCAGUCCUUUUUGGAAUGACUGCAGAUCUCCAGCUCUCCGUCACAGAUACAUCGGUCAGUCCGCCAGUGAAGGAUACCUCGAGACUGAGCUGGGCCACUUCGCUCUUCUAUUUCGGUCAGCUAGCUGGGUCAUAUCCUAUGACAUACGCCCUUCAGCGAUUCGACUCACGAUUUGUGCUUGGACCGAUGGUGAUGAUUUGGGCUAUCAUUUGUGCUGCUACUGCUGGGGUCAGCUCCUGGCGAGGUCUCUUUGUGCAACGCUUUUUCUUGGGCUUCACGGAGUCUAUCAUUCCUACUUGCUUCAUGGUCACUGUUAGCGGAUUCUAUACACAGUCAGAACAAUCGUUGAGACAGAGCUGGUGGUGGUCGGCGACUGGGUGGUUUACGAUUAUUGGUGGUGCUAUAAGCUACGGCUUUGCCCAGAUCGAAGGAAGUCUGCAGCCAUGGCAGUACAUCUAUAUUUUUGCCGGUGCCUUGACCUUCUUGUUCGGCAUUGUCUGCUUCUUCAUCCCAAACGCGCCCUCCAAUGCAUGGUUUCUGACACCCGAGGAGAGGAUCGUUGCAGUGGAGAGACUAAGGAUCGGCCAGACUGGUAUCAAGCAAAACAAACUCAAGCUCUCUCAGAUCAAGGAAGGACUGCUGGACAUUAACGUCUGGCUAGUUUCUAUCACAAUGGCCGCCGCGUACACUGUCAACGGCGCUGUGUCCGGCUUCGGCCCACUUAUCGUAUCCACAUUCGGCUAUUCAUCGCUUGAUAGCAUCCUGUUCCAGUUCCCGCUCGGCGGGGUCUCCGGUGUAGGAAUAAUCCUUACUGGCUGGCUGUGCUCAAAGGUCAAGAACAUCCGUAUCAUUCUCCUCAUUCUAUGCUGUCUGCCGGUGAUAGCAGGCUUUGCUAUGAUUUGGAAAUCGACCUGGGGAACCAAGCCCGUGACGCCCGUGGCAGGAUACUCGCUCCUUGGCUUCUUUGGUCCGGUCGUCGGUCUCAUUAUUUCCCUCGGAUCUGCAAAUGUUGCGGGCCACACGAAAAGAAGCUUUAACGCCGCUGCCAUUUUCGUCGCGUACUGUGUUGGUAAUAUUAUCGGGCCCCAGUUGAUUCGGAGCCAGACAAAGGGACAACAUUACCCGGAACUAUGGACGGGGCUGAUCAUUUGUUACUGCAUAGUCAUCCUUACUUCAUCCAUCCUGUACGUGCUGUGGUCCCACGAGAACAAGCGACGUGUGUCAUUAGGUCUCGAUGAAGCUGAGCGUGAGAGACUGGGAUUCAAGGACUUGACCGACAAGGAGAAUCUUCAUUUCGAAUACGUCUACUAG